AAGGGGAAAUGUAGAAAAAAAUAAAGAAAUUUUGUAAAAUUUUAAUAUUUUUAAAGCUUCCUUUAAUUUAAUUUAAAAAAAAACAAAUUAAAUUAAUUUUGAAAACAAAAAAAAAAUAAUUUUCGUUUGUCAGAGUUUUCUUGAUUAAAAAAAAAGUUUAAACAUUUCACAUACUUUUGCUACCUUCGUAAGUGCUUUGAACGGAAAGAAAAAAAAUUCAGUGUUGUUGCGUCAGCCGGGGGAGAUGGAACGAGUGAAAAAAAGUGGCAUGAAAAAGUGAAAAAAAUAAUAAUAUAUAAAUUUGAUUCUUUAAAAAUAGAAGCAUAACAGCACUCCAUCUCCAAACCUAUGUCGUGCGGCUAUCGAAUAGGCAACUUGAGAAAUGAAUCGCAUUUCAAAGAUAUUCCAGCCAAUGGUGAUCAUCCCAAAGAAUGCCGUGAUCAAGAAGCAAGAAGUCUCCUCGAGGAGUCAGAGACUCAUGACGGAAUUGGGUCUUAUUAGACCGGCCACAAAUGGGACAUUCUACCUCCUGCCGCUUGUGCAGAGAUCUGUGGAUAAGCUGGUGGCAAUUGUGGAUGCGCACAUGAAGCAGAUUGAUGCCCAGAAGGUCACCUUGCCGAUCCUCACCCCGGGGGAUCUGUGGAAGAAAUCAGGACGGCUGACAGGCACUGUAAACCGGGAAAUCAUGACGACCAUCGACAGGCACGAGAAUCUCCAAGUUCUCAGUCCGACCAAUGAAGAGUCGAUAACAUCGCUGAUGGCCUCCUUAUCGCCGAUUUCCUACAAGCAAUUGCCACUUCGCUUUUAUCAGAUUGGCACAAAGUUCAGGGAUGAGAUGAAGCCACGCUUUGGACUAAUCCGUACCAAGGAGUUUCUCAUGAAAGAUCUCUACACCUUCGAUGGGAACGACACGAAUGCCCUGGACACCUACCACGAAGUCUGUGGUAUCUAUGAGAGGAUGCUGCGAAACAUUGGCCUGGGGAAUUUUGCCAAGGUUCAGGGAGAUUCUGGGCUAAUGGGGGGUAGUUUGUCGCACGAGUACCAUCUCCCGGCCACCGUGGGUGAUGACACACUGGCAACGUGCGAGAAAUGCGGGCAUUCAGUCAAUGUGGAAGCAAUCCCUGAGGGAAAACGGGAAAAUUGUACAAAAUGCGGUGAAGGGGGUGCAAUUCGGUUGACGGAGGGAAUUGAAGUGGCUCACACCUUCCUCCUUGAGGAUAAGUAUUCUAAUCCACUGAAAGCCACCUACCUACAGGAGCACGGAUUGACAGAACCUCUAGCAAUGGGAUGCUUCGGAGUUGGCAUCACGCGUCUCGUGGCAGCUGCAAUUGAAGUUCUCUCCACGGACACAGACAUCCGAUGGCCACGACGUCUAGCACCAUUCACCGUGUGCCUCAUCCCACCGAAAUCCGGCAGUAAGGAAGACAAAUGCGGUGGUAGCGCCUUAGCUGAGAGCCUCUACAGCAAAGUAAUUGAGCUUCCGGGAUUGCAUGAUGAUGCAAUCCUUGACGAUCGCAAUCACCUCACGAUCGGCAAGAGACUUCUUCUGGCCAAGAGAAUGGGCUAUCCCUUUGUGAUUGUGAUUGGCUCGCGCGUUGUUGAAGAUCCUCCCACAUUGGAAUUGCACCUCAUUGAAUCCGGUCAGACCAUGGAGCUUUCUCCAAAUGACAUUGUCACUGAACUCCGGAAGCAUUUGGGUGCAUGAGGGGUGGGGGGAGGAGCUUUUUAAUAGAAAAUAGUUAAACAGUGUUUUUUGAGGUUGUUAAAAUAUUUUUACAACAUCUCCCAGUCGAUUGACAAUGAGUGACUUUACCAGGAGCGACUGUAGGACGAUGCAGGUUGCCUCUAGGCGGGAAUAACAUAGGACUACUGUAAGUGAGAGAAGGAGAGAAAUUUGUAAUAGAAAGGUUUAUCAGUGGGCAGGAAUUACACUGUGUACUACUAACCUGAACACGAGCAAAUGAGGGACAAUAAAAAGUAUCCCAUCACGAGCA